AUUCUGUGUAUUCGUCAUGUGAACAACGAAAACAGUACGUGUGUAGUGCGGUAUAGGAGUGUGUUUUGUUAUCACGUUAAAGAUAAUGUUAUGAGAUAUCAUAUCUCUCCAUUAUCGAUUACUAAAUAAUGCACUGAAAACCGAUUAUUCUUUAUUAUUAUCGUCUUGCUACGAAAGAUUAAAGAAAAAAGAUUAAGAAAUACAAUAUUAAAAUCAAAGAUAAAAAGCUAUUCCUUACAAUAUUUAAAUACCAUAUUAAAUAGUUUUAUAUUACGUAGCAUGUAAUUUAUCAUGCAUUGAAAAAUGCAUUAAAGAGAGAAUACACUUUAACAUAAAUUACAAAAAUGGAGCAACUACAAACAGCGUUGGCAGCUAUCAAAGUACUUCGUUCCAACGUUGGACAAGUGUUUGACUCUCUUGGAAAUGGUUUACGGGCAGAGCAUGGAGAGGAAAGUAAAGAAUCCAAAUACCUGUUCGAAUUGCAGGAACUGUUGACCACUGUUAACCUCAAUUUAAGGGAUGUAGAGCAGGCGAUUAGUAGUCUAAAUCCACCGCCAGGUCCAUUUAAUUUGGCCAGCACAACAUACCUCAGCCAAGAAACUACGCAAGAAAGACAGGCGCUUUACAGUACGCUCGUUAAUGCCUACAAAUGGACCGACAGGAUUCAUGAAUACAGCAAUGUAGCCCAGACUAUCCUCAGCCAGAACUCGCUAAAGAGAUCUUACAUGACCUCGACUAGAAACAAGAGAGGAAGAUACCAGACCAGCAACCAUAACGUACCUCCACAGCAAGUCGAUUCUAUGAUAUCAACGUUCGACCGGCUGUUCACUGACAUGACGGUGUCCGUGUCCCGUCCGUUCGCGUCGAACGCGGUGUUACACGUCACGCUGGGCCAUGUCUUGACAGCGGUGAUAGCGUUCAAGGGAUUGAUGAUAGAGAGAGUGGUGGUCAAGGGUUACGGUGAGACUCUGGAUCUGUGGACGGAAUCGAGGCAUAAAGUCUUCCGCAAAGUAACGGAAAACGCGCACGCCGCGAUGCUGCACUUUUAUUCACCCACGUUGCCGGAAUUGGCGGUGCGGUCGUUCAUGACGUGGUUCCACAGUUUGAUCAAUUUAUUCAGCGAACCCUGCAAACGCUGUGGCUUGUAUUUGCACAGCGCAUUGCCUCCGACAUGGAGAGACUUUCGUACUCUGGAGCCUUAUCACCAGGAAUGCAAACCAUAAGAUGCGAGCUCUUCGAAGCUGCACGUCGGACGUUUUAGUUGAAUAAGUACGAUCUUUUUCAUUAACGUACAAUCAUGUUCAUGAUGUAAAGUGUAAUGUAAUGUUUGAUACCUAUAUUUUGCCUGAAAAUGUCCGUUGAAAAAUAUUGUUACUAUUAAGUACAUAACAUUUGUCGAAAUACCGGGAUAACGAAUCUAUCAAUAAAUUAUUUUUAUCUAUUUCAAUA